CUUCUUCAAGGCCAGGAGAGGUGGUAUGAAUAGCAUCAAUUCAUCUUUUGUUUAAGUUUUAGAUGUGCCUUUGAGAUCUAGAUACUUACGUGUUGCGCUUCGGAUUUCCGCCAAUACUCGCUCUUCGGAUCGCCGGUUGGGCUCGGUGAUACCCUAAAAGUAAUCACGGGCGGCCUCUUGCUAGAUUAUACGAUACCAAUACAACGGCAUCAUGGGAGGAGUAAAUCGGAAACCCAUAAUGGCCGAUAAAGCCUCACGCUCGGCCGGGGCAGUUCAUCGACCAUCAGAUACAGCCGGACCUAGCAGUCCUCCCCCAGCAGCAGCAGCAACAGCAGAGCUUCCAGCUAAUCCCAUAGCAGCGGCUCUGCCGGAUCAUGCCGUGGAGUUACCCGCCGAGGAGAUCGCAGCACACGCCCAACACCACCAACCUCCACCGUAUUCCGGCCCUUCGGAUGCUUCCAUGGACCCAACCCGGACUCAAUUACCGAAAGGCCCACAAUACUAUCCCGGCCUUCCUAUUCUGGAUUAUCGCCAAUACCUCCCGCCGAUGUUUGAAUUGGCGGCAGAUACCACGACGAUAACAAGUAAAGCUAACUACCUCUCUGAGAACCCUAAAGCUCUGGCUACGCUGCUACGGUCCCUCGCCACGGUGCCGCCGAAGCCCCAGGUUCUCAUCCAAGGCAACCGUGGUCGCAAAAUCGACUUCAGUAUCAAGCUGAAUCUUAUGAAUCUUCUCGUCGCAACUGACCCGCAUAACCGUCUUGACUACCUACGGUGCGUCGGCAGGGACGAGGUUGCCCUCCGCGGCGGGAGUGAGCCCGGGCUCAAGCCCGAUUUUGGCGCGGAUGCUGGGCUAGAGGCGUGGUGUCAGCGUUUUGUCAAGGACUCAACGUCUAUCAAGACCUUCACGUUAGAGCGAGUCGUGGCAAAUCUCGACACAAACUGGAUAGACGGCCAAAUACGGAGUCUUGUCGCCUCCACGGAUUAUAAAGGCCAAGUCACGGUGCAGUUCCCCAUCACGCACGCUAAGGUGGUGGUCCAGAACCCGGAUAAGCACAACAAGUUCUUAUCCAGUGUAGCGGCCCUGUUCUCUAGUAAGAGCAAGUACGAAGUCGUCAAGGCUGUGUGGCCAUUUGCUACGGGUAGAAAUGGUGAAGAGGGGCGGAGAUGUGUCGUCCAGAGUGAGAAGACAUGGUGGGAGGAAUGGCGCGACCCGAUUAAGUAUGCCGUUGCGACGAAACGGCAGGGCUGGGUCACUAACGAGGAUAAACUCGAAUGUAUAAUGGAGAGCAAAGGAAAGGGAAUUUCUCUAGUCGACUGGGGUCCAGAAUAUUAGGCGCAUGUCAAUGGCACACGAGGCCUCCCAGCACGGAAUCCACCGUGGAAGAGAGUCGCCUUUGGAUAGGCACGAGAAGAACGCAUAGCGUUGGUAUAGUGGGAGGAUAUGUAUUAUGAUUUGUUAUCAUUUUAAGGAUGUUAAAGGACUACCAUGGCUGGAUAGAUGGUUUUAUCGCAUGAAGCAAGGCCAUGCAAGAUAAUAUAAUGAUCAGUUGAUACAAGACGCUGUCCG